UUGUCAAUCAACCAUUUUUUUAACGGUAACGAAACCUCCGCGUUGGCAAUUAGUACCAUUUUCCAUUUAUUUAUUAAACCGAAAUUAUUCCUCGAUAUAUACGUAAAAGUGCGAUUCUUAUUAAUUUUACCGAAGAUUUUCCCGUUGUGCCGUGAAACUUAUACAAAAGCGUUUAAAUAAAAAAAAUCGGAUUUGAAAGGCCCGACCUGUCAAAUUCAGCGUAGGAAUAUCCAGUACGAUUCAUUCCCGCAAAAGAUUAAUCUAGUCGAGUUGAAUCAUUUUACAUGUGGUGUUCGCGGUGUUCGCCGGCAUUUUUCCAUUAAAUCGCUAAAAAAACACCCAGUUACAGUCGAUUAAAUAGUGAAACGAUGGAGCCAGACACCCUUCAGUUGAUAGAAGUGCUAGAAAAAACAGUUUCUCCUGAUCAAAACGACCAGAAACAAGCGUCCACCUUCCUAGAUCAGGCCGCAGCCACAAAUCUACUGGGCUUCAUAAAAACCCUCUCGGACAUCCUGAGACAUGGCGGUAACAGCCAUGUCGCCCGGAUGGCCGCGGGUUUACAGCUCAAAAACCAACUUACCGCUAAAGAUCAAACCGUCAAAGUCCAGUAUCAGCAACGAUGGAUCGCUUUUCCCGAAGAUAUUCGCAACUAUAUUAAGAAGAAUGUUGUGGGAGCUUUGGGAACUGAAACGAACAGACCCUCUUCGGCCGCCCAAUGUGUCGCUUAUAUAGCGGUCGCGGAAUUGCCGCAACAACAAUGGCCGGACCUUAUUUCCACUUUGGUCAGUAAUGUGGUGAAUGCCACCUCGGAGAUGCAAAAGGAGGCCACUUUAGAGGCGAUUGGUUACAUAUGCUCUGAAAUCGAUUCGGAUGUCCUGGUGUCUCAAUCGAAUGACAUUCUCACGGCCAUAGUUAGCGGGAUAAGGGUGGCGGAGCAGAGUAACCACGUUAGGUUGGCCGCAACAAGAGCCCUUCUUAAUUCCCUUGAGUUUACUAAGGCCAAUUUCGAUCAUCCGGCUGAAAGGAAUUAUAUUAUGGAGUGUAUUUGUGAGGCCACACAGUCUACAGAUACCGCGAUUAAGGUAACCGCUCUCGAAUGUCUAGUGAAAAUCAUGUCACUCUACUACCAACACAUGGAGCCAUACAUGGGACCCGCUUUGUUUCCUAUUACUUUAGAAGCUAUGAAGUCCGAUAAUGAUGCUGUGGCUCUACAGGGUAUUGAGUUUUGGUCUAAUGUGAGCGACGAAGAGGUAGAUUUGGCCAUAGAGGACACAGAAGCUCAGGAAGCCGGCAGGCCGCCUUCCAGAGUUUCUUGUCAUUAUGCCAAAGGGGCCCUGCAUUACAUUGUACCGAUUCUUUUGCAAAAACUGACAAAACAAGAGGAGUUAGACGAUGAGGAUGAUUGGAAUCCCACUAAGGCGGCCGGGGUUUGUCUCAUGUUGCUCGCCAGUUGCUGCGAAGACGAAAUUGUGCCUCACGUGUUACCAUUUAUUAAAGACAAUAUUAAAUCGGACAAUUGGAGACUGAGGGACGCGUCACUGAUGGCCUUCGGUUCGAUCCUGGGCGGCCUCGAUAAUCCCACACUGAAACCGUUAGUGGAGCAAGCGAUGCCCACUUUGAUCGAACUGAUGUACGACAGCAGCGUCACUGUGCGAGAUACGGCCGCUUGGACCUUCGGUAGAAUCUGCGAGAUCAUUCCAGAGGCGGCUAUAAACGAGGCCUUCCUCAAACCGUUACUGGAGAGUUUAAUAAACGGACUGAAAGCGGAACCGAGGGUCGCUGCGAACGUUUGUUGGGCAUUUUCCGGUUUGGCGGAAGCCGCAUACGAAGCGGCCGCAUGCGAGAUCGCUGGUGGUGAUGAUACUAAUCCGGAAACCUACUGUUUGUCGCAAUAUUUCGAGUUUAUUGUGCAGAGACUGUUAGAGGUGACAGAUCGACCGGAUGGGGCGCAGCACAACCUGAGACCGGCUGCCUACGAGGCCCUCAUGGAAAUGAUCAAGAAUUCCCCGAGGGAUUGCUACGUUACUGUGCAAAAAACCACCAUGGUCAUUUUGGAACGGUUACAACAAGUGCUCCAGAUGGAAUCGCACAUCAGCAGUCACAGCGAUCGGUCCCAAUUUAACGAUCUGCAAUCGCUACUGUGCGGCACGUUACAGUCGGUACUGAGGAAAGUUACGCCUGAAGAUGCACCGCAGAUUUCCGAUGCGGUUAUGACGGCCCUACUGACCAUGUUUAACUCGAACAAGAGCGGUGGAGUCCAGGAAGAUGCGAUUAUGGCUGUGUCUACUCUAGUGGAGGUGCUCGGCGAAGGUUUCCUCAAAUACAUGGACGCCUUCAAGCCCUAUUUAUAUUUAGGCCUGAAGAACCAUCAGGAGUACCAAGUUUGCGGUACCGCCGUAGGUCUUACCGGGGACAUAUUUAGGGCCUUAAAACUGAAGGCUUUGCCGUAUUGCGACGAGAUUAUGGCCCUGCUGUUGGAGAAUUUGGGCGAGCCUACGGUACAUCGGAACGUGAAACCGCAAAUUUUAUCGGUGUUCGGCGAUAUGGCUUUGAGCAUCGGGGGUGAGUUUAAGAAGUAUUUGGAAGUCGUGCUGGCUACGUUGGCGCAGGCGUCACAAGCACAAGUUGACCGUACCGAUUUCGACAUGAUCGACUACCUAAACGAGCUGAGAGAGGGCGUCCUGGACGCCUACACUGGCAUCAUCCAGGGUCUAAAGGGCGACGCGUCGAAUCCCUCGCCCGACGUCAAUCUACUCGAACGUCACAUCCCGUUCAUCGUUCAAUUUAUUACCGCGGUCGCACAAGACGCCGAUCAUUCGGACGGCACCAUUGCCGUGGCAGCUGGUAUUGUAGGAGAUCUAUGUUCGACGUUCGGUCCGCCGAUGUUGCCGUUGCUAGAGUUGCCCGCGAUCCAGGAGAUGCUGGCCCAGGGCAGAAGAUCGAGGAUAUCGCGUACGAAAACUUUGGCCACGUGGGCCACGAAGGAAAUGAAGAAGUUGAAGGUGCUUAAUCAGCCGACGGCGCCUGCUGCCAGCUGAUUUAUGACGUACCAGUCAGACUAUCUUACGACCAACGCGAACACACCCGAAAUCGGCCCGGUAAUCUUGGGAUACGGAAGGUACAACCUGGGCAACUAACACCGGAACCGCAAUCAAAAUUUUCAAUUAUCGAAAGUGUCUCGCGAAUGGACCGCAGUUUAGCAAACAAACAUAAUAAUAAUAAUUUGUUUCUUUUAAUUAUUUUAAUUUCGAUCUCGCUCGCUCCCUCUCGUGGGGUAGUCUGAGUAUGGGUCGGGGUCGUCUUUUUAGUUAUAUCAUUUGUUAGUUGGGGGCAAAAAAAAAAUAACAGGGAAAAAAAUUGCGCGUUUUGAAUGAUGCAAAUGCGAGGAAAUUUUAUUAUGUUAAUCAAAGUUUUAUGUAAAUAUGAAUAAUAUUAUAAAGGAAAUGAAACGCGCAGUUUUUAUCGUUUUGUAUCGAACACUUUUAGCCACGUAAUUCGAAAUUGCUACGGGGUAAGUAACAUUGAUGUUUAAUUAUUAUUUUUUUAUUAUUAUUGAUUCAGUCAACGGAUGAAUUAUAAUAUAUUUUUUUUGUUAAAACUUGUAUGUCUACACUGUCUACUCGAUAUGUUGCUUAAAAAAAUAUAGUGUAAUAUCAUGUGGUGGUUGUUCAAUCGAAACGAUAUGUAGUUUAGUGUUUGUUCAGAGGCCCCCGCUUCACGCAUUAAUUUUAUUUGUUUUUAAUUCGUGUGCAGAAGGGGGUUUUGUCCUUAUUAUGGUAAAUGGGUUAAAAAAGGACAGAAUUGGCGCAUAAAUAAUUAAGAAAUGGCACGGAUCAAGUUGGAAAUUUGUGUGAUUAUCGUCCAAUGUUAUUACAGAACAGUCAUAUUUGAGGGGUUCAAAGCUGAGUGUGGGCCAUGAAAAUUGUCAAAAAAUGAGAUUUUUUUUGGUAAUGUUGCAAAAUAUCUAGAGGUCAAGAACCAAGGCAGAUACAGUAAUGAAAUUCCGUGUAGAGGUUCUUCAUUUAAUUUCAUGAGACACCUUUUUCAGGAUUUUUCUGGGAAAUAUACUGGAAGUUGUAAAAAUAAAAUUUUAAAGGUGGCUAUUUUUUUUUUCUAAAGAAGUGGCAAAGUGUCUAUAACUCGAGAACUAUGAGAGUUACAAUCAUGAAAUUUGGUAUAGAGGCUCUUUAUUUAAUUUCAUUAGACACCUAUUUCAGGAUUUUUCUGGAAAACAUCUUAAAAGUUGUAAACAAAAUUUUUUUAGGGUGUGUAAUUUUUUUCUCUUAAAAAAAUGGCAAAGUGUCAUAACUGGAGAACCAUGACAGUGAGAUUCAUGAAAUUUGGUAUAGAGGCUCUUCAUUUAAUUUCAUUAGACACCUAUUUUAGGAUUUUUCCAGAAAAAGAUCCUAAAAGAUGUAAAAAUUUUUUUUUAAUGGUGGCUAUUUUUUUUUUUUUUUCAUUAAAAAAUAUCGUCUGUGAGCCUGCAAUUUCUCCUAACUAAAUUUUACCCGAUUUUUCACAAGAGCCAAAAAACUGAUAUUGUGUUAGUUUGUUAAAACUCUCCAAAUUUUUGCUGCUCACAUUGUUUUUAUAAAAGGGUUUUUUGAGUAAUUUAUUUUAACUUUGAUAAAAAGUUUUUAUUUUAAGAUAGGAUUUAUUGAUAUGAAAAAACAGACAGAUAGGGUAAUUUGAAACAAAAGAAUAAAGGGGAUAAAAUAAAAUUACUCUUUUAAAAAUGAAAAGUUUUAUUUCAAAAAUAACUAAGUGAACCAAAAAAUAUUGGAUGGCAUUAUAGACUACUUCUUCUACAUUAAAAAAUAUUGUGCUUUUAAUAACGAAACUCAAAAAACAAACUUAUAAAUAUCAGACCUAUAAAUGAGCGAAACUAUCAUAAAAGUGAUGGACAUCUCAUGGCAAAGCACUUUUUAACUUUUGCAAGUGUUUAAAUUUACUUACAGGAAUUUUACAUUGUUGAGUAUGCAUCUUGGGAUAUUCCAUUAUUACCUCAAGAUUUUUCGGCCUCACCGGCAACGUUUGCCAUUUACCAUCAAAAACUGUUUUAAUCUGAAUUAGAUUAUCGUAUUUUAUGCACUUUAUGUCCGUAACUUUAGGAUUAUCUGCAGAUUUUCCUGGGCGUAUGGAAGAAUACCUUAAAUGGCCUGCUAGCAAAUAGUUUCUAAAAAAACAAAAAUACAACUCGACCGCUUCGUAGGGUCUAGGAUUAUGUCGUGCUUCUCUAGUAACCGACAAAUAAUCGCUAGGAAGAUGAAUUUUCUCGAUUUUGCAGUUUUCGUUCUAUUGUAGAGUGGACUCCAUGUAGGGAUGUCCGGACUCUAAAAAUUUUUGGUAAAUGGUCACUCCAAAUUUAAUAGAAAAGUUUAAAAGAGCAUUCGCCAUUAUGUUGUUUCUAUUUUGAUACGUUCGAAUAAAUAAUGAUGGGAACGCUUGUUAAAACACAUUUUUUUUCUAAAUAGUCCAACAAGCAUGAAACAAAAGUAGACGCUUUCAACUCGCUGUUUUGGUCUUCAGAAAACCAAUAGCAACACGCAUCAUGCGUUUUCAUGUUAUAAAUAGUAAAAUUAUGGCAACAUAAUUUUGUCUUAUAGUAAAGAGCAUUGGCCUGCAAGUAUGGAGAUAAUUUGACUGCUUGCAGAUCCAUUGAAAUUAAGAUACAAUUAUCUAAAAGUGCCUCGCUUUUAUCUUUCAGUUUUUCCUCCCGUGCACGAUCUUUCCUGCGAAUAUGCUCUUGAUAGUCACUUUCUGCUAGAUUUCCUUUCUCAUAAGAGGUACAAACGUUACAUUUAUCUUUUUUUAAAGUAUAUAUAGAUAAAUUUAAUUCCUUAAAUCUCCUCGGUAAAGUAUUUCCUGGUGAUUGAUGGUAAUUUUUUUUCUGAGCAAAACUCUUGAUAAACCUUAAAAAGUUCAAGUUUUGUUUUAAAUACCUCCGAAAACAGCUUUUUUGAAUUUUUUCUAUUAUAGUGAGAGGGUAGCUUAGGUAAGGAAUUUAAAAACGUAUCAACGUGCUGUAUACUUGAAGUGUUGCGUAAAGCAAUUUCUCGCUUUUUAGUUAUUUUACGGCCUUCAUCCUGAUGCAUGCCUGAUUCACUACUGUUCACCCAGUCUUGGACUGUUUUGUAUCCAAGAGCAAGGGUGUUUAGAAACAUUGUGCGACAUUUUUUAUUGUCAACAUUUAGGUAAUACACAAAAGUCCUCUGUCGUUGUCUUGAGUUUUCUUGCGUUUUACGUUUCACGGAAAUUUUUUCGACAGUUGAAGCAACGUAAACCUUUUUCUGAUCCCACGACAUUUCGCUCCAAAAGUAAUUAAAAAUUAUUUCUCUCUGAGCUUCCGUAAUUUGAAAACAUUUUCUUACUUUUGACUUUCUACAGAAAUUUGAAUUACAUCCACCUUUUAGUUUUCUUUCUCUUCUGUUUAUAUUUUGCUGAUAUUUUCCAUUCUCUCUUCAUAUCAACGUCCGAGUCAACGUCUGUCUGGACGCCUAAGAGUGAAACGUUCUCAACGUCAACGUAAAUAAACUUAUUUUAUUUUGUCUAACUGACCUUCGUUAUGUUUCCCAACAGUCUCAACUUCUUGGCAGAUUUGUAUUAGUAAAUUUGUAUUAAUAAUUUGUAUUAGUAUAGUAAACUCGCAGCAGAAACACUUUCAUCAGAUGUUGAUGAUAUAUCUGAAGGUACGUAAUCGUCACCUGCAUUGUCAGAACUGCAAUUUGUGGCUUUAGAGAAAUCACGACUGUUAUCAGGCGGUUAUAAAGCUCAAAGCAAAAGAACAUUUUAACUAUUGCAGAGGUACCUAUCUUCCACAACCGGAUCUGUGAAUAUGUCGGAAUAACUGUUUUGCAGCACAUCAUCAGUUAUUUGUGCGAAAUCUUCAUAAUAAGGCCCGGAACUGUUUAAAAGCAUUUUAUCGGUAUCUAAAAAGUCAUGAAAAAUUUAUUAAAGAGUUUAUAGUAAUUUUAAUUAUUUUCAAAUAUUUUUCUUAGAUUGUUCCGAUUUUUUUGCCGACAACUGUACUACUUACCAAGCACAACGACACUACUUUGUGGGUUUUCCACUAUAUUUAUUCCUACAACAACAAAAAAUAUUUUAAUUACUUUUGUAUAUAAAUUUUCCUAAUAUUGAACCUUUACAACUAAUAGUUCCUAUUUUUAUUAAAAAAACACUUUUGCACAAGUAACUAUUAUCACAAACUAGAAAAAUGAAGCUGAAAUCUGCCGACAACAAGUUCUUGCUCGAAAGCGUGGAUAAACACUGCAGUUAGGAGAAAUUGCGUUCAAAAAACGUGCCAAUUCAUUAGGAGAUAUUGCCACAAGGCAAUUUUACGCGCGAAAAAAUUUUUGACAGUCGAGUUCAUGCGCAGUAACGUAAAGACUGUUGGGUUGCCUAAAAGUCAUUUUUGCUGAAAAUGCUAGUUAGGAGAUAUUGCAGGCUCACGGACGAUAUGGCAAAGUGUCAUAACUCAAAAACCAUGAUAGUUAGGUUCAUGAAAUUUGGUGUAGAGGUUCUUCAUUUAAUUUCAUUAGACACCUAUUUCAGGAUUGUGCUGGAAAAUACUUUAAAGUCUGAUAAAAUACUUUUUUUGAGACACUGGAUUAAUAUUUUAGUACUGGAUGAAUAAUUUAGCAAAAUUGGUAUGUGGAAUUUUGCCAGUGGUGCUGGCUACUGCUCGUUCAGAUUUUUUGUCUAAAAAUACCUGGAAAAAUUACUUUUUACAAAUGUCAUUUAUUCCAACCUCCGAAUGCCUGUCAAAAUAAUCAAAUUUGUUAUUUCUUCCAGGAAUUUGGAGUACAAGUUAAAGAACUAUGAAAUUUUGCAUUUUUUUCAGGCAUUUAGAAUAAAAAAAUUGAUAAUAUUCAAAUUCCUGUUUUCCAUUUGAAUCAGAUUACUGAAAAAAAAAAAUUGAAAUUUCCUAUAUCUUCCAGGCACUUGAAGUAAACAUUAAUUUAGGCAAAAUCGUCAAAUUUGUCAUUUACUCCAGGAAUUCGGAGCGAGAGUUUGAAAAUAUUCAAGUUCCAUUUAGUUUUCAUUCAAUUUAUUGUACUAAAAAAAAUUCUUUUUUGUCCAGGCAAAAAUUACCUAAAUACUAAAACCUUGAGAAAACCAAAAAUACCUGGAAAAAAUGCAACGUUAAACAUAGUAACAUUGAAUUAGAUCCAUUAUUGUCCAAAAACUGUAUACAGUUGACACAAUUUCUUUUAAAGGGUAAAUAAAAUUUACGAACUUGCUCCACUUUAGCUUUGAGCCUCUCAUUUAUCGGAAUUAUCUGCGACUCCUUGUAAACUAUUUAAUAAAUGUGUUUUGGAUGCUUUUGGACACCCCUUAUACACAAUUUCAUAUAUAUAAUACUAAUAUUUAAGGCAUAAUUAUAUAGUUGCCAAGAGUCACAGUAAAAGCGAGUUUUUGCCCAGAAACUCUCUUUUUUUUUUUAAUUGAAAAAUCACAAAACUAUAAAGCACUCAGUCAGUCAAACGUCCUUUUCUAACCCAUACCAGUUUAAUUAAAUUAAAAACCAAAAAAAAAACUGAAAAAAAAAGAAAUCAUUACUACUAUAAUAUACAUCGGAACCAAACGGAUUCCAUUGGAUUAAAUUCAUUGAAUAAACGCUCAGGUAAAUUUGCAUUGUUGCAUGUUGAUGAUGAUGGCUGGUAUAAAGUGGAGGAGAGAGAUUUUCUGCUUGGUAUGUUUAUUAUGGAUGGGUAAGUCGUUAUCGGUGGUGAAUAAUAGUGAUCGGUAAGGAUUUGUGAUGAACGUUUUUUGUUGUUGUUGUUGAUAGGAGGACGGACGCUCCGCGUUGUGCCUUGUCCGGGUGAUGAUGAUGAUGUUGUUUCAGGUGGGUGGGUGGGUGUUUGAUUUAUUUUUUAUUAAUGUGAAGGUUGGGGGUAAGAAAGUUAUUAAAUUGAAGGUUUAAAUGCCAUAGCCAUAUAGAACUUACACUUGGAAUGCCUGGAAUAUUUUUUUAUAUUUAUUCUUUUUAAAGGAACUUUUAGUUUCUUCUAAGAAAACCGUGCAAUUUAAGUGAUUUAACUCAUUCAUACUCUUAUUUGUAACCAGAACAGAACACUUUUCUUUGCACAGGCUUUUCUAUGAGGCAAUUGACAAUUAUGUGUUACACUUGUUUUUUGAAAGUCAAAAUAGUUUUAGAAAAUUAUUCUUAUGGAAAAAUUGUUUACUUCGAACUUUUUAAAAACAUAAAUUUUGUUAAAUGAAAUGUUUCGCAAUAGGUUUCGUCAAUGCAGUGAUAGAUUUAUGAGUUUUUUAGCUUAAAAAUUGAUUUUCUACAUAGCAUGAUCGAUCGUUUCUAAAAUAAUAUUUUUUUUUAAGAUUCUUCACUAUAUACUGUGAUAGUUCUUCCAGGCAAUUCAGACUCUUGGAGUGCCUGGAAUAAUUAAUUAUUAGCUUGUUUUGCCACUGUGUCCCCGACAUAGUGCCUGAAAUCUUCGAAGUACUCUGAUUCUCCUUCCAGGCAAUUGAGACAUUUGAUAUGCCUGGAAUAUUAUGUGCUCUAACAGUUCUUCUAAGCAAUCGAUCCACUUAAAGUUCUUGAAAUACUUUUAUAAGUACUAUGAUAAUUCUUCCAUACGACGAAGAAACUACAGCAUUAAUAGCAAUCGCUAGUGGUUGUAUAGUAAUUGCAUUUCAAGCCUAUUUUCAUCUAGCUUUUUGUCCUUCUUAAAAUAAUCUCUAUUUGUUGGAUCCCAUAAAUUUGGAAAUCCCCUAUACAAAUCGAUUAAAUCAAGUUGUUUGUCUUCGUUCCACAUCGCAACAGAUUUUGUUUUUAAUUUUUUUUAUUAAUUUCCGACGUGUCUCCCUCGGAAGCUGCCACAAACCGUACUAACUUGUACCAACGCGCCUCCGACGGGCCCCCCUUUGAGCGCGUCGAAAAGACCGACAGAAAAUGGAUCGCAGCGCACCCACAAUCGAGCCCGUACAUACUUCACGAAUUUGGCCCGUCUCCUCAGGUCUAUACGAAACUUUACAAAGGAAAGCAGUUUCAAGUUCUUUGGCGAAUUUUUCAUAACCCUUUCUCAAUAGUCCAAAUUUUAUUUUGAAAUUGUGAUUGUCUAUUUGUAGUUUAUCCAAUCACGUCCGAAAACAAUCAUAUUAUUAGGAUUAUUCCCUUUUUUUGUAUUUAAGUGCCUGGAAUCCUCUUCUAAGUACUCUGAUACUUCUUCCAGACAAUUGAGUCACUUGAAGUGCCUGGAACAAUUUUUAAUCUACUCUAACAGCUUGUUACAAGCUUAUAUUUAUUAUCUUUAAAAUAAUAAUUUUUUUCCAAAGAAACCCGUAUAUUUCCCAUUAAUUUAAGGUGGACGCUAUAGAGAGUAACGUUCAAAUUUGGCGCCGUAUGCAUGAUUUAACUAUUAUUGCGCUGUUGUUAAACAUGUUUUAACCAGAACAUUUUUAUUUGCGCAGGCUUUUCUGUCAGACAAAGAUCUUUGCAGUUAAAAUAUUCUAAAAGAGGAAAACAGUUUCGAGCUCUUUUGGUGAAUUUUUCGAACAUAUCCCUUGCUCAUUCCUUGAAUACUUCAAGUUUUAUUUUGAAAUUGUGAUUGUCUAUUGUAGUUUAUCUAAUCACAUCUGAAAACAAUCAUAUUAUUAGGAUUCUUUGCUUUUUUUGUAUAUGCGUCCUAGAUAUAGUGCCUGGAAUCCUCUUCUAAGUACUCUGUUACUUCUUCCAGGCAAUUGAGACACUUUGAAUGCCUGGAACAAUUUUUAAACUACUCUAACAGCUUGUUACAAGCUUAUAUUCAUUAUCUUUAAAAUAAUAAUUUUUUUCCAAAGAAACCCGUACAUUUCUCAUUAAUUUAAGGUGGCCGCUAUAGAGAGUAACGUUCAAAUUUGGCGCCGUAUUCGUGAUUUAACUACUAUGGCGCUGCUGUUAAACACUUUUUAACCAGAACAGUUUUAUUUGUGCAGGCUUUGCUGCCAGACAAAGAUUCUUGCAUUUCAGAUAUUCUAACAUAGGAAAGCAGUUUCGAGCUCUUUGGUGAAUUUUUCGAACACAUCCUUUUCUCAUUCCUUGAAUACUUUAAGUUUUAUUUUGAAAUUGUGAUUGUCUAUUGUAGUUUAUCUAAUCACAUCUGAAAACAGUCAUUUUAUUAUGGUUUUUCGCUUAUUUUGUAUCUGCGUCCUGGAUAUAGUGCCUGGAAUCCUCUUCUAAGUACUCUAAUUCUUCUUCCAGGCAAUUGAGUCACUUGAAGUGCCUGGAACAAUUUUUAAUCUACUCUAACAGCUUGUUACAAGCUUAUAUUUAUUAUCUUUAAAAUAAUAUUUUUUUUCCAACGAAACUUGUACAUUUCCCAUUGAUUUAAUGUGACCGCUAUAGAGAGUAACGUUCAAAUUUGGCGCCGUAUCCGUAAUUUAACUACUAUGGCGCUAUGGCGUUAAACACUUUUUAACCAAAACAGUUUUAUUUGUGCAGGCUUUUCUGUCAGACAAAGAUCCUUGCAUUUUAGAUAUUCUAACAUAGGAAAGCAGUUUGGAGCUCUUUGGUGAAUUUUUCGAACACAUCCCUUUCUCAUUCCUUGAAUACUUUAAGUUUUAUUUUGAAAUUGUGAUUGUCUAUUGUAGUUUAUCUAAUCACAUCUGAAAACAGUCAUUUUAUUAUGAUUUUUUGCUUAUUUUAAAUCUGCGUCCUGGAUAUAGUGCCUGGAAUCCUCUUCUAAGUACUCUAAUUCUUCUUCCAGGCAAUUGAGUCACUUGAAGUGCCUGGAACAAUUUUUAAUCUACUCUAACAGCUUGUUACAAGCCUAUAUUCAUUAUCUUUAAAAUAAUAAUUUUUUUUUAAAGAAACCCGUACAUUUCCCAUUAAUUUAAGGUGGCCGCUAUAGAGAGUAACGUUCAAAUUUGGCGCCGUAUCCGUGAUUUAACUACUAUGGCGCUGCUGUUAAACACUUUUUAACCAGAACAGUUUUAUUUGUGCAGGCUUUUCUGUCAGACAAAGAUUCUUGCAUUUCAGAUAUUCUAACAUAGGAAAGCAGUUUCGAGCUCUUUGGUGAAUUUUUCGAACACAUCCCUUUCUCAUUCCUUGAAUACUUUAAGUUUUAUUUUGAAAUUGUGAUUGUCUAUUGUAGUUUAUCUAAUCACAUCUGAAAACAGUCAUUUUAUUAUGAUUUUUUGCUUAUUUUGUAUCUGCGUCUCGGAUAUAGUGCCUGGAAUCCUCUUCUAAGUACUCUAAUUCUUCUUCCAGGCAAUUGAGUCACUUGAAGUGCCUGGAACAAUUUUUAAUCUACUCUAACAGCUUGUUACAAGCUUAUAUUUAUUAUCUUUAAAAUAAUAAUUUUUUUCCAACGAAACUUGUACAUUUCCCAUUAAUUUAAUGUGAACGCUAUAGAGAGUAACGUUCAAAUUUGGCGCCGUAUUCGUGAUUUAACUACUAUGGCGCUGCUGUUAAACACUCUUAACCAGAACAUUUUUAUUUGUACAGGCUUUUCUUUGAGGCAAUUGACAAUUAUGUGAACACUUUUCUUUAAUAAAUAAUAAUUUUUUUUUAAAUUGCCCUACUUUUUCAAAAAUUGCAGAAAUGAAUAUUUUUGCUAAAUGAAAUGUUUCGCAAUAGGUUUGGUCAAUACAAUGACACACCAUUAGUUUUUCAGAUUAAAAUUGAGUUUCUACAUAACAUUCGAUCGAUCAUUCCUAAAAUAAUAAUUUUUUUUAAAGGUUCUCCGCUAAAUACUGUGAUAGUUCUUCCAGGUAAUUCAGACACUUGGAGUGCCUGGAAUAAUUAAUUAUUAAGCUAAUUGUCGUACUCUGAUAGCUUGCCUUAAGUUUAUAUUCAUACUCUUUGAAAUAAUAAAAAUUUUUUAAAGAAAACCGUAGAUUUUCCGCCAUUCUAACGUGGGCGCUAUGGAGAAUAACAUUCAAAUAUGGCGCCACAUACGUGAUUUAACUCAUAUUGCGCCGGAUAGGUGGCACUGCUGUUAUUGUGUCUUAUUUUAAAAGAAAAAGUUCUAUAUGGUAAACCAGUUUAAGAAUUACUGUCAAUCCCCAAGCCUUCAAUUAAACGUGUGAACUUUAAUUAAUUAAUUAGAAAAACAAAACUGUGCCUUUACGGGUUAAAGGGGCAGUUACCAGGGGAGGGUAGAUCAUUAAACAAAUUAAAAACAAAAAAAACAACAAAAAAAUAAUCUGUGAUUUGGAAGGGUUUCUGGGAACCGUUGCCAAACAAACAAAAAAAAUACGAUGAAUUCCAUUAGUUUUUUAAUAUUGAAAUUGUUGAAUGUAAAAUAUAGAAUAAAGAAACCCUUCCAAUGUGCGUAAUUAUAAAUCGUAACGAUUAUAUAAUUAUCGAUUCCUCGUAUGUAUGUGAUAUUUAUCCGUGGGGGCGUAAUUAUUAAUGGACGGCUAAGGAACGAACGGACGGCAUUCCAUAGAGAUUUAUUUUUUUACCGCGUUGCGUUUUGCGACAUACGAUACAUAUCUAACCUUGUAAUUUGUCACAAAAAAAAAAACGUAUAUACAAUGACAUAUCUUGGGAAUGGUAGUUAGUUCGUUAUUUAAUGUAGUUACCGAUGCCUUCUUUGACACGUUUUUUGAGCCUAAUUAUAUUUGCUCUAGACCCAGAUAUACCCAAAGUUUUUCGUUUUAAAUUGUUUCCCCAACAAACAAAAUGGUAUUAGGAUCACAUUAUGUACAUUAGUAAUUUUUAAUUCUCAUCUAAAUACUAACUACUAUAUACACUCAAAAUGGACAAGACGCACACGUUUUAUAUAAUAUAGACUUUUGUGGUUCCAUUUGGCCGAAACCGACGUCCCCCACGGUGCAAAACAAGGCUGUAUGAACUAGUAUGUAAGAAGCAUGAUCGUUAUUUUGUAUGUAAGUUAAUUUAAACUUUUUUUUUCUCAUUUAGUACAAUAAGGAUUUUUCCACGUUACUGUGUAAGGAUUAAAUUACGAUUUUUCAUACCGAGGCCUACGAACUACUAUAUAUAUAUAUUUUUUUUUAAUCGUGAACGCCGAAUAUUACGGUGGGAUUUUUAAUUACUAAGUUACAGCGAAUCGGUAUAGUUUAGAUCUCGCGUGUGUCGUUUCAGAACUUCUUAAUUGAGGAGCGAAAUAUACAAAAGGGUCCUAGCAUGAAACCAGUAUUUCUCUACUUUAUUAUGUCCAGGAUAGGGGUAAAGUGUAAUGAAUAAAAUGUACAAGUUUUGGAGUUUAACUCUUUACUUGGUUAAGAUUAUUUCGUGAUACUGACAUUGAUUGGUUCAGUACAUAAUUUUAAAUUACUCGGAGGUUAACGUCCCUUACCCUUUACUAGCUUAGGGUUCAUUUUUUAAAUUGUACUGACAUCACUAAGGUGAAAGGUCGUUGUUCUACAUCUCUUACUUCCAGAGAGUAAGAGAGGUUGGUUCUGUACCACAAAUUCCUAAUAUGAACGAAGCCAAUCGGAGAUCUCUACAGAGCCUUUCCAGAGAAGUUGGAAUACAAAAUUACCUGGAAAUAUAGAUAAAUCUGGUCCAAAUUUAAGUACAAUCAACCGAGAUCUAUGCACCUAAAAUGUUCAUCAUGUCUUGCAGGUCUUCCUGGACUUAGGACGUUUCCUUUGUCAACUGCCUGGAAGUGCUAGAAAUAUUUGACUAAUGCCAGGCAUUUGAUGGAGUGGAAUUAAAAAAAAACAUGAAAAUUUACUUCAGAAAAUGUUGAAUUGUGUGGAAUUUAAGAGUAAUAGACCAAACUAAGUGAAAAUUACAAAAAUUGAUUCAUUAGACUGAAAUUUUGAUAAAACUGUGCAUUUGUUCACUUAUUCAUGGCUCAAUUGCCUGGAAUAAAAAAAAUAUUCAAUUGCCUAAAAUUCUGAAGGAAUUUAUCCAUGGACAUUCGACUGCCUGGAAUCGGAACGAAAAGUUUAUUGAAUUUUGAAAAAAAUCUGGAAAAAUGCAUUCGAUUGCCUGGAAUUAAAAAAGCAUGGAAAUUUACUUUUAAAAAUUGCUGAUCUACCUAGAAUUAAAUAAAAAAUUCACUGAAUUUUGAAGAAAAAAGCGAUACAAUUAAACCCGCUUUAAAAAUGCUUGACAGUAGAAUCCUAAGCAUAGUUUUGACGAUUUCCAUGCAAAGAUCCGUGGUUCAAAUCCGCUUAAUGUCAUAUUGGACGUUUAUUUUUUUUAGUAUGUUAUUUGGGUUAGAAAGUAGAUGAAGAAUUUGGUUUUAUAAUAUUAAUGUUUAAAAAAAAAAUGCGUUGAAUUAUUUUGCUUAUUGCUUCUCUUCAAAUGCUUUCUUUCCAAGAUACAGGGUGUCGCAAUUAUUAGAUAGUUCCCUGGAAAUUAAGAAAAAUAGUAAUUUUUCCAUGGACAUUCAACUGCCUGGAAUCGAAUGAAAAAUUGACUGAGUUUAAAAAAGAAAUCUUAAUUGGAAUUUGUAAUGGCCUGGAAUUUAAGAAAAAUGGCCUAUACUAGGUUGAAUUAUCAAAAAAUAGUUGAAGUGCCUCAAAAUCUCAUAAAUUUCUAUUUUUUCACUUAUUCAUGGGUCAAUUGCCUGGAAUUAAAAAAAAAAAUUCAAUUCCCUAAAAUUCUGUGGUAAUUUAUCCAUGGAAAUGCAACUGCCUGGAAUCGGAACGAAAAAUUGAUUGAAUUUUGAAAAAAUCUGGAAAAAUGUAUUCGAUUGCCUGGAAAUAAAACAACAUGAAAAUUUCAACAUUUUUGCAUCUAAUUAUUCUUUUUUACUAUAAAUUAAAUUAAUUAUGUAUGAAAAUCUGUAUUUAGAACAGUUUUAUGCAGGGUAGGUCAGAUCUUAGCCAAUAAAAUUUUAACCACGUCCAAGUACUAGUUUAUCAUAUAAACAUAUGCGAGAAAUGCUUUCUCUCCAAGAUACAGGGUGUCGCAAUUAUAAAAUAGUUGCCUGGAGUUUAAGAAAAAUAGAUUGAACUACGUAAAAUUUUAAAAAACUGGAUGCAUCAAUCAGCUUAAAACCUUGACUAAAUUCCGCAUUUUUUCACUUAUUCGUGGCUCAACUGCCUGGAAUAAAUUAAAAAAAACUCGGUUGUCUAGAAUGUUUUAAAAUCAUUUUUCCAUGGACAUUUAAGUGCCUGGAAUCGAAUGAACUGACUGAAUUUUUAAAGAAAUCAGGAUAAACUUAUCCAGUUGCCUGGAAUUUAAGCAAAAGAAUUAUCAAAAAAAUCCUCAAUUGUCUGGGAUCUCAUAAAUUUCAAGAUUCUUCCACUUAUAGAUAUUUUUAAAGGGUUGCAAUUUAAAUGCAAGUAAACGAACAAUUAAAUAAACUACUACUGGAAUUAAAAAAAAAACAAGGAAAUUUACUCCAGAAAAUGUUAAAUUGCGUGGAAUUUAAGAGUAAUAGACCAAACUACGUGAAAAUUACAAAAAUUGAUUCAUUAGACUGAAAUUUUGAUAAAACUCUGCAUUUGUUCACUUAUUCAUGGCUCAAUUGCCUGGAAUAAAAAAAUAUUCAAUUGCCUAAAAUUCUGAAGUAAUUUAUCCAUGGACAUUCGACUGCCUGGAAUCGGAACGAAAAAUUUAUUGAAUUUUGAAAAAAAUCUGGAAAAAUGCAUCCGAUUGCCUGGAAUUAAAAAAGCAUGGAAAUUUACUUUGAAAAAAAUCUUUUGCUGAUCUAUGUACCUAGAAUUUAAUGAAAAAUUCACUAAAUUUUAACAAAAAAAUAAAAAAAGCGAUACAAUUAAACCCACUUUAAAAAUACGUUCCAGUAAGUAUCCUUGUCAUAGUUUUUAUGAUUUCCAUGCAAAGGAUCCGUGGUUCAAAUCCGCUUAAUGUCAUAUUGGACGUUUAUUUUUUUUAGUAUGUUAUUUGGGUUAGAAAGAAGAUGAAGAAUUUGGUUUUAUAAUAUUAAUGUUUAAAAAAAAUGCGUUGAAUUAUUUUGCUUGUUGCUUCUCUUCAAAUGCUUUCUCUCCAAGAUACAGGGUGUCGCAAUUAUUAGAUAGUUCCCUGGAAUUUUAGAAAAAUGGCCUAUACUACGUUGAAUUAUCAAAAAAUAGUUGAAGUGCCUCAAAAUCUCAUAAAUUUCUAUUUUUUUACUUAUUCAUGGCUCAAUUGCCUUGAAUUAAAAAAAAAUUCAAUUCCCUAAAAUUCUGAGGUAAUUUAUUCAUGGAAAUUGAACUGCCUGGAAUUGAACGAAAAAUUGAUUGAAUUUUGAAAAAAAUCUGGAAAAAUGUAUUUUUGCAAUGAAUUAUUCUUUUUUACUAUAAAUUAAAUUAAUUAUGUAUGAAAAUCUGUAUUUAGAACAGUUUUAUGCAGGGUGGGUCAGAUCUUAGCCAAUAAAAUUUUAACCACGUCCAAGUACUAGUUUAUCAUAUAAACGUAUGUGAGAAAUGCUUUCUCUCCAAGAUACAGGGUAUUCCAAUUAUUAGUUAGUUCCCUGGAAUUUAAGAAAAAUAGUAAUUUUUCCAUGGACAUUUAACUGCCUGGAAUGGAAAGAAAAAUUGACUGAAUUUAAAAAAGAAAUCCUAAUUGGAAUUAAGAAUGGCCUGGAAUUUAAAGAAAAUGACCUAUACUAGGCUGAAUUAUCAAAAAAUAGUCGAAGUGCCUGAAAUCUCAUAAAUUUCUAGAUUUUUUCAUUUUUUUCAAGGCUCAAUUGCCUAGAAUUAAAAAAAAAAUCAAUUCCCUAAAAUUCUCUGGUAAUUUAUCCAUGGAAAUUCAACUGCCUGGAAUCGGAACGAAAAAUUGAUUGAAUUUUGCAAAAAAUCUGGAAAAACGUAUUCGAUUGCCUGGAAAUAAAACAACAUGGAAAUUUCAACAUUUUUGCAUCGAAUUAUUCUUUUUUACUAUAAAUUAAAUUAAUUAUGUAUGAAAAUCUGUAUUUAGAACAGUUUUAUGCAGAGUGGGUCAGAUCUUAGCCAAUAAAAUUUUAACCACGUCCAAGUACUAGUUUAUCAUAUAAAAAUAUGUGAGAAAUGCUUUCUCUCCAAGAUACAGGGUAUUCCAAUUAUUAGUUAGUUCCCUGGGAUUUAAGAAAAAUAGUAAUUUUUCCAUGGACAUUUAACUGCCUGAAAUCGAAUGAAAAAUUUACUGAAUUUAAAAAAGAAAUCUUAAUUGGAAUUUACAAUGGCCUGGAAUUUAAGAAAAAUGGCUUAUACUACGUUGAAUUAUCAAAAAAUAGUUGAAGUGCCUCAAAAUCUCAUAAAUUUCAAUUUUUUCACUUAAUUCAUGACUCAAUUGCCUGGAAUUAAAAAAAAAUUCAAUUCCUUAAGAUUCUGAAGUAAUUUAUCCAUGGAAAUAGAAUUGCCUGGAAUCGGAACGAAAAAUUGAUUGAAUUUUGCAAAAAAUCUGGAAAAACGUAUUCGAUUGCCUGGAAAUAAAACAACAUGGAAAUUUCAAAAUUUUUGCAUCGAAUUAUUCUUUUUUACUAUAAAUUAAAUUAAUUAUGUAUUAAAAUCUGUGUUGGAGGGGUUUGAAUCACUGGAUUUCGAAGGACCACUUGCCCUCUCACACAACUUAAUUAUGAUGUUGACUGUUUAAUUAUAGACAUUGAUUUGUUUGAUAAUUUUAUUAAUGCUACUAAACGUAAACUUUAAUCGAUUAUAUUGUUACUUUGCUUGCAGACAGACAUGUUCUAUGAUAAUAAUGUACUUCUCCCUCUCCCACUCGCCGUCUUGGAGCUCUCCUCGCAUCGGUACAAAGUAAAAUUUAAAUGAAAUUUUAUACAGGGCUUAACAAUCUGUAUUUAGAACAGUUUUAUACAGAUCUUAACCAAGAAAUUUUAACUCAACUGCCUGGAAUAAAUAAAAAACUCAGUUGCCUGGAAUCGAAUGAAAAAUUGACUGAAUUUUCAAAGAAAUCAGAAAAACCUUAUCCAAUUGCCUGGAAUUUAAGAAAAAAAAUUAUCAAAAAAUCCUCAAUUGUCUGGAAUCUCAUUAAUUUCAAGAUUCCUCCACUUAUAGAUAUUUUUAAAGCGUUGCAAUCUAAAUGCAAAAAAACGAACAAUUAAAGAAACUACUUGGUGGUGCGAGGCCUCUGGCCACGCACAAGUCGGUUCUAGUACAAAUAUUCAAAUAGGACAAAGUUCUGUGAAUAUUUUGUACUAAUUAUCAGCCAUUGUAUAACACAACUGUACUAAAAAGACAUUUACUUCACGCAUUUUUUCCUUGAAGUUCCAAAUUAUUAAACAGCAGCAUUUUCGUUUCGAGGGCGCCACUUUAGUACUUCAAUAGUUCCCUUUUGUAUAUCUCGCUCUUCGAUUAAUUUACCGUAAUAGUACCAACUGUGAUAGUUCUAAGGGCCGCGAUAAUUUUAACCAUCUCACUUAUGUUUAAAAAAAAAAACCCACUGUAAUUACUACUUAAAUUACAAAUAAACAAACAGUGCGUGAUAUUGGAGAAUUUCAGACCCUCGAAAAGGUUUAUGCAUUAUUUUGCUUGUGUGUUUCAGUUUGUCAGUGCCAUGAUUGUUGUUACAUAAGCGCUAAAGAGUCCGUUUUACAAAUGUUUGUAGACGAACAUUCGUUAAACGGGCCGGGCGAGCUUGACGAGCCGAUGUUUGACAAUAGUUCGUUUUAUACAGUGUGAAAAUGAAGACUGAUGAUCCCUUAUGAUAGUGUAUAAGUUUAUAGCUCAAAUGGCCGGUUGCAAGUGGCUGCAUCCAGUAAGUACUGUGCUGUGCGCGGCUGUAUUCCAACAUUUAUAUUCUUUUUGCUCUUUUAGGUUUAUUAUCAUUAUUGUAUCACUUUAUCUUCGGCGAGUGUUCUUUCCUUUUUUUUUUCUAACGGGAUAUUCUGUUUUGUUUUAUUUAAAGUACACGAGUCAAGCAGAAUGUCCUUGGGACACUUUAAUGUCUAUCGGUUGUUUUUUUUCCAUUUCCCUAAAACGGUUUCGUUUUAUAGCGUCAUUAACGGUUUAUUGUAAAUUUUUGUUUACCGCGGAUUAAAUUUUUUUGUGGAUAUUUUUUUGUAGUUAUCAUAUCAGGAACAAUAAACGUAUUUCAUUUA